AUGAGUCUUCUCGAAGAAUCAAAAGUCAGUCUGGCUUAUCAACAUUCAGAACAACUCUAUUAUUGUGGUAUUGUUGAUGAUCGUGAUAUUAGAAAGUUGAUCAAGGUAAUAAAUGUCGUUGGAGAUAAAUCUGUGUUUGUCUAUGUGGUGGUUGAAGAAGGUGUUUCGCUUAACGAAGUGGAUGAUAGAGGAAAGGCAUAUGCAGCUAAUUUAUCAAGUGGAAAAGGGAGCAACAACCCAAUAGCACUAGAUGCGGCGAAUAAGGUUGGUAAUGAAUAUGGAAAACAAGAAGUUUCGUUUUUGCAUGAUGGUGAACUAAAAGGAUAUAGCGAGUUUGUGGAUUGUGACAAGUUGGAUAUAUCCGAUCUAGAGAGUGAUUCUAACAGAGAAGAAUUUGAUGAUGAACCUAAACUUAUUUAUUUAGAUACCAUGUUUCAUGGUAUGCCCCAAUUGCAUUCGUGUCAUGUAAAUUAUGAUGUGAACAUUCCAUGUCAGAGGGUGGAUAUAAAUGAAGAGAUUAAGGUUCUAGACAUUUUUGGUGACAAAGAGUUGCUCAAGCUUGCAAUUGGAAGACAAUGCAUGGAACAAGGUAAUCAGUAUAAGACUACCAGAUCGAGCAAAGAAAUGUUCGACGUGGUUUGUUUGUUAGAAAAUUGUUCUUGGAUGAUUAAGGCAAGGGGAAUCAAAUCGAAUACUGUUUUCCAAGUCACAAAAGUUGUUGACCAACACACUUGUUGUGCAACAAACUUGGAUGCUAAUCAUCGACAAUCAAAGAAAAAGGUACUCAACCUCUUUAUUGCUGAAGUAUUGGCUGGAGAUUAUAAUAGAGUUUAUCGGGGCAUGGCGGGAAAAACAAUAUGCGUUGUUGAUGUUAAGAGGUACCAAAGAGGAUUCAUUCACCAAACUUUCAACGUAUCUGCACAACUUGGUUAA